AUGGCAGCUAUCAACACCGAUGGCCAACGCCUCGAGGUCUUUGGCCUAACAUUUAGGGAGCACCACAAUCUACACAUGCAACAAAUAUUACGCCAAUACAAUAUUCUACCAGAAGGACCACCAAAUCGUGCAGUUCUUUUCACGGCACUGUUCGAUCUCGCAAAACAGCUAAAUGAUGACCACAAAGAAGAUCAGGUGGAACGCAUCCAAAACUGGCUGAAGAAUGGUGGAGAGUUUCCGGUCCCACCGCCUCCUCCAUACACAGCUGCAGCUCCUGAUGAACAUGAUUCAGACCACAAUGCAGAGGUUGCGAUUGAGGAAGAUGAAUUGAUGGGCGGGUAUCAUACUAGACUCACAAAUAUGUUGGACGAGCACAUGAGCAAAACAUCCAGCGAGCCUAGUCCAAAUGGCCAUGGCCAGGACCAAGAUAUGGAAUCUGGGAACAUGUCCGACGGGGAAUGGCCUGAGUAUCGGCCGGCCGACUUCGAAUCCUCAAAUCAAUAUCCAGGACCAAAUAACCAUUCCCAAAUUGUCAACCCUGGCGUAUCAUCCAAUGAGCUCGCCGAUGCCCAAAGAGAGAUAGAUGCAGAGCCCACUAUCAUCAACACGAAUGAGCCACAACAAGAAAACCCACGUCAAGCUCCCCUUGAAGGCAAUUCAUCUGGUGGAAGUCGAGCGAGACCGAGACCUGUACUUAGACAUGCCAGAACCCCCCGAGAUCGAUUCAAUGGAUUGCGUGCUUAUUCUGAGCAAUCUACCGAGUCGGAAGAAGAAUCCAAUUCCGAUUCUGAAGUUGAGCUCGCUGUUAGAAAUGUCCCAGGCAGAGGUGGUCCUAGGGGACGAGGUCGUGGGUAUGGUAGAAAUUUGCGAAAUCCGCGAAAUGCGUACAUGCGACGACUCCCACCACCACCACCUAACCCGUACGGCACUGGCUAUCGACUUGACGGAAUUUCAACGGAAGUCAAUCGUGCAUUGGAGCCGGAGCCAGAAGAAGAAGAUCUUCCAGAUCAAUAUCAUGACUUGGAACAGGAUAUAGUCAAUUCGGGGUUCGACGUGGAUGAAAGAACACAUCGGACUCCUGUCGAUGAGGGUCAAUACGAUCAGAACCCGAGAGACAACUAUCGUCUAACAGGGCCUGAUACUACACAAAUCAAUCCACCCUCAGAUUCAAGUAACAACGAGAUUGAAUGUGCCAUUUGCGCUGAAACUCUACCACCAGACUCAUUUCCACCGUCAUCAAAGAUCACAGCCAAUUGUGAGGACCACCCAUACAAGGCUUGUAUUUCGUGUAUCCAACACUCUAUCCAGUCCACGCUAGACGAAGGGUCGAUCCAUAGACUCAUCUGUCUCUUCUGUCAUCAUCGUCUGUCCGCCGAUGAGGUUGAGAAGUAUGCAACCAAAUCUGCCUUGACAAGAUAUAAGUACCUCAUGCUCCUGGACUCACCGGAUAUCAUCAUGUGUCUGUCGCCUACAUGCAAAUCCGGUCAGAAACAUGUCGAUAAGCAGAAUCCAAAGAUGGUUUGCAAUACAUGUUCUUUCGCUACCUGUGUCCUUCACAAACUACCAUGGCAUGACAAUGUCACUUGUGCCGAGUUUGACACCUCGGAAGAACAAAUAGAACGCCUCGAAGAAGCUGAAGCGACCGCAAAGCUGCUAGCGAAAGAGCAGUCCCAGAUCUGUCCAGAAUGUCAUCAAGGUGUCUUCCGCUCAGAAGGUUGCGACCACAUGAUGUGUCGUUGCGGCAAUGAAUGGUGUUUCCUCUGUCUCGCCUCCUGGGAAAACGUAAUGCGUCUAGGCGAGGAAGCCCACCAUCCAACAUGCCAGUACCAUCCUCGUCGAGUCCGCCGCACAGCAGCCCAGGAACAAGCGCACAGAGAUACCUUCACGAAUCUCCUUCACGGUGCUCCAGCUAGCGAGACAUUGCUGAAAGCUCGGGAUCAGAAGAACGAACGUGUGAGAACUGAAAUCAGGGGGAAUGCGCUGCUUGCAAUUGAGAAGAGAAUGGCGGAUAUGAAAGCUGCUGCUGAGAAGAGGAGUCAUGAGGAGAAGAUGAAGAAUGGAGGUAUGGGUGUUAAUGGGGAGGGAUCGAGGAAGAGAAAACCUAAUCUUAAACCUGCUUGGGAAGAGGGAGGGCUGAAGAAGAAAGCUCUUCCCUAG